UUUUGUAACUAAAAUGAGCGGAGCGCAGCGGCGGCGGCGGCAAUAAGCUUAUUGCAAUUGACAGCGUCUGCAGUUCAUUUCAAGAUGGCCGCUUGGCUCACAUUCAUUUUCUGCUGAACGACUUUUAACUUUCAUUGUCUUUUUUGGCCGCCCCGAUCGUCACCCACCGGCUCCCUUUAUCCGGAGCCGCCCCCUCGCCACGCCAAAAUGCACCGAACGACCCGCAUCAAAAUAACCGAGCUAAACCCCCACCUCAUGUGCGUGCUCUGCGGCGGGUACUUCAUUGAUGCCACAACCAUCAUAGAGUGCCUCCACUCCUUCUGUAAGACCUGUAUCGUGCGGUACUUGGAGACCAGCAAGUAUUGUCCCAUCUGCGAUGUCCAAGUUCACAAAACUCGGCCGCUUUUGAAUAUCAGGUCAGAUAAAACUCUCCAAGAUAUUGUAUACAAGCUAGUACCAGGCCUUUUCAAAAAUGAAAUGAAAAGAAGAAGGGAUUUUUAUGCUGCUCAUCCGUCGGCUGAUGCUGCCAAUGGCUCUAAUGAAGACAGGGGAGAAGUGGCUGACGAAGACAAAAGAAUUAUAACAGACGACGAGAUAAUAAGCUUAUCCAUUGAAUUCUUUGACCAGAAUAGACUGGAACGAAAAGGAAAUAAGGAGAAAGAAAAAUCAAAGGAAGAGGUGAAUGACAAAAGAUACUUGCGCUGCCCAGCAGCGAUGACAGUGAUGCAUCUAAGAAAGUUCCUGAGGAGUAAAAUGGACAUACCUAAUACUUUCCAGAUCGAUGUGAUGUACGAAGAGGAGCCCCUGAAGGACUACUACACCCUCAUGGACAUUGCCUACAUCUACACCUGGAGGCGGAACGGGCCUCUCCCCCUCAAAUACCGGGUGCGACCUACCUGCAAGAGGAUGAAGAUCAGUCACCAGAGGGAAGGCUUGAAUAACAGCGGGGAGCUGGAAAGUGACUCUGGGAGCGACAAGGCCAGCAGCCCGGCGGGAGGCGUCCCCUCCACCUCCUCCUGUUUGCCCAGCCCCAGCACGCCCGUCCAGUCUCCUCACCCCCAGUUCCCCCACAUCUCCAGCACCAUGAACGGCACCACCAGCAGCCCCAGCAGUAACCACCAGUCCUCCUUCACCAACAGAGCGCGGAAAACCUCCAUAAACGGCUCCUCGGCCACUUCGUCUGGUUGACGGGGGGGGGGCCAAGCAGGCUGCCACCCCCGCCCCUCCUUUAUAUAGGUCUCUCCAUGCCAUUACAGCUUUAUAGAUGCUAAUCCAUGUGACUAUCGUCCCAAUCGCUUUCUUUUGUAGUGACACUGAACUUGGCUAUGAAAGGCGGGCUGGGUGACAUCGUUCAGGAUGGACGUUAACGGAAAAACGCGAGAUUGAAAUGUAAAAUGGGUUUUCAGAGGACCGGGGAAAGCAAACAAGAGUCACACCUUCACCUGUUCCCAGUGAUGCGGAGUUUGUUUCCGUCCCCAUCAGCCGGACCCGGGAGCCUCCAAAAAUCGAGUGGAAUCCCGGGCAGUAGUUUGUUAAUCCAGACUAACUCCUCCAUUUGCGUUCUCUACGAUUGUUAUUGUUCUUAUGCUGUUUCGUGAACCUGUAGAAAGCAAGUGCUUUUUUUUUUUUCAUCUUGAAAUCCAACAGAACGGAAAGAAUAUGCAUAGAAUAAUGCAUAUAUGUAGCCAUGUCACUGUGAAUAACGAUUUUUUGCGUAUUAGCCAUUUUGAUUCUUAUGUUGCAUCUUUUACUUCUCUGUUGCUGUGCAGAACCGAUCAAAAGAAAAGUAAACUUCAGUUUUACAAUCUGUAUGCCUAAAAGCGGGUAUUACCGUUUUAUUUACUGACUUGUUUAAAUGAUUCGCUUUUGUAAGAAUCAGAUGGCAUUAUGCUUAUUGUACAAUGCCAUAUUGGUAUAUGACAUAACAGGAAACAGUAUUGUAUGAUAUAUUUAUAAAUACUAUAAAGAAAAUAUUGUGUUUCAUGCACUCAUGAUAUGGUUGUUAAAUUUCUAAACUGGUUCGACCCUUGCAGAUGCCGCCUGUUUGAGCUUUGCUCAUACUGCAAGAAACACUUUGCGUGUGAGAGCUACAGUAUUGGGGAAGCACAUUCGAGUCUCUGAUAACCUGGAGGCAAUUGGCAAUCUUAAAAGGAUUUUACUGGCUUUGUCUUUUUUUUUUUUUUUUCCUAAGUGAUAUAUUUUUACUUUACCAAAAUGUUGAAGUGAUGCA